AUGUCAACAAAUUUUUCAAAACAAAAUAGCAGAUUGUUAUUUGAAAAGUGUAAGAACAAUGAGACUGAAAAAGCAUUGGAAAUGAUAUCAAAUAUUGAAAAUUUAAGAAUCAAUGUCAACGAAAGAUUCGAAGGUGGUUGCACAUCAUUUUUCAUUAGCUGCUAUUUAGGUAAUUUAAAGUUGGUUCAAGCAUUGGUCGAAAUUGGUAAAGCAGAUAUUACAAUCGAAAGUGACAACGUUAGACCAUUCACAGUAGCAUGUGUCAGGGGAAGAAUCCCAGUUAUAGAUUAUUUAUUAACCAACUUUUCAGAUAGAAUCGACCCAGAUUCAAUGAUUACAGGCUGUGUUGGUGCUGCACAAUACAACUUUCCACAAAUCGUCCGAAGAAUUUUAGGAAGAGGAUUGGAUAAAUAUAAAAAAUAA